GUAGUUUGGAGUCAGCCAGACUAAGAACUGAAUAUAGCGACGCAAAUACAUCGCCCUGAACACUUUAGAAAUCUCCAUUCCAUUAUCUAAUGACUUGUACAUUUGUGUUAUAGAUUACAUCUAUUUUUUUUUUUUUUUACAACAGGACGACAACAAGAUGGAACUUAAUUCUCUUUUAAUUUUGCUGGAGGCUGCAGAGUACUUGGAAAGAAAAGACAGAGGGGCAGAACACGGUUAUGCCUCCGUUUUACCGUACAGUGACGACUUUUCCAGAAAGAAAACGAAAGCAUCGCCAAUCUCCAGAAAAGCUCAGAACAAUAGAUCGUCGCACAAUGAGCUGGAGAAACACAGACGUGCCAAACUACGGCUGUACCUGGAGCAGCUGAAGAAGCUGGUGCCUUUAGGUCCCGACAGCACAAGACACACCACACUGAGCCUGCUGAAAAGGGCCAAGAUGCACAUCAAGAAGCUGGAGGAGCAGGACAGGAAGGCUUUAAAUGUGAAGGAGCAGCUACAGAGAGAGCACCGCUACCUCAAACGCCGCCUUGAGCAGCUCUCUGUGUCUGGAUCAGUUGAACGCAUUCGCACCGACAGCAUGGGCUCCACCAUCUCCACCGACUCUGAGCAAGAGGUGGACAUAGAGGGCAUUGAGUUCACUCCCCUGGAGGCGGACAGCGUGGACAGCAUCAGCGACGGCGAGGAGGAGGACCACUACAGCCUGCAGAGCAGCUCCAGCGACACCAGCUACACAGCCACACAUUCCCACAGACUGCAGCCGCACCACUGUUAAGACGCCACACGGCCAUCCUUCUACCAACCAGCGUACUUCCCCCAUGCUUCCCAACUUUCCCCCGACCAUUUGCUCAAAGCUGAGGCCGCCUACUACCUAGAGACCAGUCUAUAACAGGGGUACACCCUCAGCCUGUGUCUACUUCCCUGGUCCCAGCUUUCCAAGGAAGCACACAGGGCAGAAAUGCCACUCGAGCCUUCAUGACCCCACCCCCCCCCCCCCCCCCCCCCACCCCACUGACCCUACCUCACCCUACUGUAUCCUGCCUGAACCUGCCCCUCCUCACGCGCCCUGCCUUCCCACUGCCCUCACAACCCCCGACCUAGUGUUGCAGCCGGCUCAGAGAGAGCACAGCAGAAUAUGUGGUUUUUAAAGGGGACAUUUGUGGUGUGGUGUUCAGCUUUGACCUCUUAAUCAGGAUUUG